AGGGAAUCAUGUUGCUCGAUCAAGAGAAGGCAUGCGCAUAGUGGGAAGCAGGACACCAUUAUAAAUACACACAUACCAUAUGGUUUCUAUGGACCAAGGAAUCAUCUUUGUCAUCCCAUCUCAUCCCCUGUAUUAAUUUCUCUUGCAUCUCUCCCACGCCGACGAGCUCGAACAGCAGCAUGUCGUGCAAGAGCAGCGACUGCGGCCACCACCACCACAGCUGGUGCAGCUCGUGCAGCUCGUGCAUGUGGUGGUGCAAGGGGGACGACUGCCACCACCACAGUUGCUGCGACGACGGGAGCGAGUGCUGCGAAAACGUCUGCGGCAUCAUCUUCUGCUGGAUCCUGGCCUUCAUCAUACUGAUCCUCUUCAUCAUCCUCAUCAUCUGGCUCGUCCUCCGACCCACCAAGCCCAAGUUCUACCUCCAGGACGCCACGAUCGUCUCCUUCAACGUCUCCUCCCCGGAGAACCUCGUCUCCGCCACCCUCCAGGUAACCAUCUCCACCCGCAACCCCAACGACCGCAUCGGCAUCUACUACGACCGCGUCGACGUCUUCGCCUCCUACAAGUACCAGCAGAUCACCCCCGCCACCGCCGUCCCUCCAUUCUACCAGGGCCACAACGACAUCGACCUCUGGUCCCCGUUCCUCUGCGGCGUCAACGUCCCGGUGGCGCCCUACCUCGCCGAGGCUAUCGCCCAGGACCAGUCCUCCGGCGUCCUCCUCCUCCACGUCAAGAUCGACGGCCGGCUCCGGUGGAAGGUGGGCACGUGGACCUCCGGCCACUACCACCUCUUCGUCACCUGCCCGGCAUUUCUUUCUUUCGAGCUCGGGAAGGGCGACGGCGACCCCUCGGCCAUCAAGUUCCAGCAGAUCUCCACCUGCACUGUCGACGUCUGAUAAUAUCUAUCUUCGACGCCGGCCGGGCCCUUCUCUCAUUUCUGAAACAGUGGAACUGCCGGAGUUAAAUGAAGAGAGAGGAGGGUAAGAUUUCCAUCACUUGUAUUCAUGUAAUUGCCAGUUAAUUGUGAAUUAUGCAGUCAACCUUUGUAAAAGUAGUUCAUCAAGGUCUACGCCGUAGGUAGCGAUUAGGGAACACCCCAUAUGUGGGUCCCAGUUCGCUUUUGGACUUUGUUAUGAUUUCCUGGAUGUAUUCUUGCUUCAAUAAGAAAGGGCGGAAACUACGUGCUUCCUCCAUUUUCCGUCGAAAAAAAAAAUAUCCCGGACCCGCAUGCAACAUCCCCAGUGUAAUUGCUAUGGUUCUGGUUGUAUAUCCAAAAAUAAAAUAAAAUAAAUAAAAUGUAUAGAGAAAUUAAAAGA